AAAGGUUCCGCAGCAUCUAUAAAGAAAAACAAUUCCACCACUUCUCAUGACUCAUACUCGCCAAUAUUCAGUACCCUGAACUAUCUCAACGGAAACCAAAUUUUCUCUCGUCAAUUAAGACAGAUUUACAGAUAACGGGAGAGCAAUGACGAUCAUCAAACCUACGAAGGCUGCGAAUACGACGGUAAUUUACAAGGAUCGUACUAUGAUCCAUCAAGCAUUCAACCUCGGAGACAGUCGCUUUAUUGCCAUACAAUCAGAACGGGGACUCCCCUCUUCUGGUUCAGAUGUUCCUAAUUUUGUCACUGUUUUUCCAGUUGAUGAUGGUCGCGACUCCAUCGAGACAGACUGGUUGAGAGAAAGCAUUGCCAAAUUCAGUCAGGAUGACGACGUGUUUUGUACCGACUUCCUAAGUGGCGUGAUUUUCACAUCGUCGACUGCAUUCUCUCUGUCCACUGCUGCAGGAGAGGUCCUUCAAUCCGAAUAUGGCACAAGGAUGAUUGAGAUGAUAGUAUCUCCAAAAUCGAGUGAGAAGCCAGAGCCGGGACCUUACUACGUUUGCCAGGGCCAACUCUUUCAUAUCUGGAAGCUAUAUGAUGACACUCAGGGCGCAUUUCUCACUGGUCUUGUACCGGCGGAAGAAGAUAGUAAACUAUCGAAGCUGGAAAUUGCUGGGGAAGGUCUUGAAACUACGAGUAUUGCCGUACCAUCACGCCUCAAGGUCUUCCGAUAUACCCCUAAUGCCGGGGAAGGAAAACCUCUUGCUGGGUGGAGAAUAGCCGUCAAAGACAUCUUUCAAGUCGAAGGCAUCAAAACAUCUGUUUGCAACCGCGCAUAUCAUGAUCUGUAUCCACCAGCGCUCAAGACAGCAGCAUGUAUUGAAAUACUUCGGCAGAAAGGUGCACAUAUCCUCGGAACUACCAAGCUAGCUGCCUUUGCUGCCACAGAGGAGCCUAUUGAAUGCAUCGAUUAUCAAGCGCCAUGGAAUCCACGAGCUGAUGGUUAUCAAUCACCAGCAGGAAGUAGUAGCGGUAGUGGCGUGGCUGUCGCUUCAUAUGACUGGGUUGAUGUGGCUAUUGGAUCUGACACUAGUGGAAGUGGUCGACGACCAGGCCAUUGGAAUGGAUGUUUUGCACAUCGUCCUACCCAUGGAGUUAUUCCUACUAAUGGAUACAUUCCCAGUUUCAGAUCAUUUGAUGUCCCGACCUUCUUCGGGAGAAGUGUUGAUACAUGCAAGGAGUUUGCUACACAUUGGUACAGUGAUUUACUGCCCAAUGCCACUUCGUUUCUACCACCACAAAUCAUCUAUCCUACAAACUAUAUAUCUCUCAUCACCAACGAACAUCAAAAGCAGCUGAUCGACGAUUUCGUCAUUGAUCUUGAGAAAUCCCUCGGGGUGAAACAUGUUGAAAUGUCUUUCGAUGAAGUAUGGGACGCUAAUCCGCCGGCGGACGCAAAAGGCGCCAGCUUGUUAGAGUAUAUGAAAGACGCUGGCCGAGAUUCCUUCUUUUACAGUGAUUAUCACCAUUUUGAUCAGUUUCGGAAGGAUUACCAUGACAAGUUUGGGAAAAGGCCAUAUGUUAGCCCACCCGUGAAAUGGCAAUGGGAACUUUCAUCGCACAUCACGGACGAAGCGCAUGAAACUGCUCUGAAUCGCCUGGCUAUCUACCGGCAGUGGUUUACUGAAAAGAUUCUUUGCCCAGAGACACAGAACACCAUCAUCCUCAUUCCGAUCGAGAAUCUCUCUCCUCGGUACCGUGACGAGCCUCUGGGGUAAGUCACGAGUCUUCAAUCAAUAAGGACCUCGGAUAUAACCAGCUAAUCAAUGGUGACAAUUUCAGCCGAUAUUUCAAUCCAGUUGGGGUCCCGAUGCUAUUCUUGUCUCCGAUAUUGCAAGCACCGGAGUUCACCGUCCCGAGUAUGAUUCAUUCUUUCUUGUGCUUGCAUGAGUAAUACUAAUGCUGUCUCAAGUUGGCGAGGUUCCUUUUCAUUCAAAGGUCACUGGCAAUGUUGAACAUUUGCCAGCUGCAAUCUCACUACUCGGCGCUCCAAGUAGGAAAUCCUAACGUCCGCGAAUUGUGCAUCUUGCUAACGAAGAAAAAGACCGUGAUCUUCAGCUUAUGGAUAUAGCUCGUGAUUGUCUCAUUAAAGCUGGAAGGCCUACAAGCGUUCUUGCGGGAAGCAAGCUAUUCCCUUGAUUUCGAAUUUGUGUGAAAGCAUCCUUAGUCCUGAAUUUAUCGCAUCGAAAAAUCAAAAUUCAUAUAUUCCAAAAGGUCUCGAGAUCCAUACUGACAUGUCUCUACUUAUUUUGACCAGAAAACAAUAAGGUCAUCGAAAUCUGCAUCCGUAGCGUCGUGUGUAUCCUCCUUGCUCUUCAGCUUUCGAUAUAAAACUUGUGCCUGUGACAUAUAUGCUCUACUUUCUUCGAGUUUAUCCACCACAGCCAACAGUUUUCCUUUCUUACAUAGAGCACGAGCCUUCUCAGGGCCGUAGUAUUCACGUUCUCCGUAUAUUUUCAGAGCUUGAUCUAGGAGUGACCU